CAAAAAAAAAAACAAAUACAUUGUCUCUGACAUUUUCGGCCGUGUUGGUGUUGUUAUUUAUUUUUUACAAACAAUUUUAUUGCAGUUCCCUGUUGGGAAACAUUUUAUUAUCACGAUUCAUAACAUUCUAUAAUGGGUGUGGAAGUAGAAACUAUUACACCUGGAGAUGGUACUACAUUCCCUAAGCCGGGCCAAACUGUGGUAGUUCACUACACUGGCACGCUACAGAAUGGCACAAAGUUCGAUUCCUCGAGGGAUAGGGGACAGCCUUUCAAGUUCACUUUGGGAAAGGGUGACGUGAUUCAAGGAUGGGACCAGGGUAUCUGCAGGAUGUCUGUCGGCGAGCGAGCCAAGUUGAUCUGCUCUCCUGACUUUGCAUACGGAUCCAGAGGCCAUCCCGGAAUCAUCCCACCAAAUGCCACUCUUAUUUUCGAUGUUGAGCUAAUACGUGUUGAAUAGUAACGAAAAACAGCUUUA